CGUCAUCAAGGUUAGAAUCACACUCAAACACAGUCACAGAUACACAGUCAAUACAGAUACAUCUCAGCAAAAUGUUGCUCGACGAGAGCCCCGCUACCCUCAUCCACCACACGAUCGGCAACUUCAACAUCCACCCAGACAGACAAGCCGUCACACGCAUCAAUGACUCCCUCGCAACGCUGCAGCAGUCGCGCGAGCUGCGCAUGCGCGAGGCCGAGUCCGCGCUCCGCAAGCUAUCGCGCCACCUCUCAGCCCUAAACAACCAGCACGAAGAGGCGAUGGCGGCGCACGACGCCGGGCGCCACGCGGCCGAGAUGGUCGAGCUGGACACGAAGAAGUUCCGGGUCGCGAAGGCAGCCACGGAGCUUGAGAUUGAGAGCGAGCGAUUGGAGACCGAGCUGGAAAUGCUGAAGGAGCGGCUCGCGGAGCUGGAGGCGCAGGGCGUGGAGGGCGAUGAGCCGACGCGUCGGGAGCGGGAGAUGGACGAUGCUACGCUGCUGCGGUUGAAGAUCUACCGAUCUCUCGGCGUCGAUAUUGAAGCGGACGAAACCGGCAACUUCAAUAAAGCGAUUAUCCGGAAUAGUCGCAAGGGCGACGUGCAUGUGGUCAACAUCGACCCCAAGUUCUCCCGGUUCUUCUACUCGAACUACUUCUGGUCGACGAUGCAGGGUUGAAAUGCUUGGUUUCUUGUUUCUUUCGUUAUGGCGUUAUUUUUGUGGGUGGUCCACUCGUGUCUAUGGUUGCGGGCUGUGGGCGUUCCUUGCUGUAUCUUACAUGAUUAAUAUACCCCC